AUGAGAGAAAUAGCUGAUAGAUCUGAAUCCCAGAGACCUCGAACUUAUGCUAUCAGAACACGAGAAGAGGGAGAUACUCCUGUUGUGAUUACUGGUAAAUUCUCUUUAUUUGAUUCUUCUGUAAUUGCACUAAUUGGUCCUGUCUCUACGCAUUCAUACAUAUGCAUUACAUUCGUGAAAGAGAGAGGGUUAUCAACAGAUCCUAUAGAAUACGAAGUAGUAGCUAACCUUUUCGGGCAAAGUGAGAAAGUUAAUAAAGUGUGUAGAAGAUGUCCCUUAAAAAUUCAUGAUUAUGGGUUUCCAGCAGACCUUAUAGCACUUACAUUUUAUGAGUUUGAUGUGAUAUUGGAUACUCGUGAAACGGAUUCUGAGAUUGAAAAGAUACUAGUAGUUCGAGAUUUUAUCGACGUAUUUCCAAAAGAAUUUCCGUGUUUGCCCCCAGAAAGAGAAGUGGAAUUUGGGAUUGAGUUAAUUCCGGGCACUACACCAAUAUUUAUAGCACCUUACCAAAUGGCACCCACUGAGUUAAAAGAAUUGAAAACGCAGCUACAAGAGUAA